AUGGAGAUCGCCAUGGGUGCUAUCGGCCCUCUCCUCCCCAAGCUCGGUGCUCUCCUCGUCGGCGAUUUCACCCUGGAGAAACGCAUGAGAAAAGGCAUUGAAUCUCUUGUGACAGAGCUCACGCUGAUGCACGCUGCCCUCCGCAAGGUGGAGAAAGUGCCACCAGAACAACUCGACGAGGGAGUUAAGAUUUGGGUAGAAAAGGUGAAGGAGUUGUCCUGUCACAUGGAGGACAUAGUUGACGCCUUCAUGGUGCGUGUGGAAGAUGGUGGCGAUCCUGCCAACCCAGAGAAUAGAGUCAAGAAGAUACUCAAGAAGGUCAAAGGAUUAUUCAAGAUUGGAAAGGAUCUCCACUGGAUCUCUGAUGCCCUCGAAGAAGCUGUUCAUCAAGCAAAGCAGUUAGCCGAGCUACGUCAAAGGUACGAGCAAGAUAUGCAAGAUACAAACGCCGGUGCUAGUGUUGACCCUCGCAUGAUGGCCAUGUACACAGAUGUGAUAGAGCUUGUCGGCAUUGAAGAAACACGAGAUGAGUUGAUCAACAUGUUGACAAAAGGUGAUGAUUGGUCAAAUCGUCCAUUGAAGAUUGUCUCUAUUGUUGGAUUUGGUGGGUCAGGCAAGACAACUCUUGCCAAAGCAACAUAUGAAAAGAUCAAAGGGCAAUUCAAUUGUUGUGCUUUUGUUUCGGUUUCUCAGAAUCCCAACAUGAAGAAAGUUUUCAAAAAUAUUCUUUAUGAACUUAACAAGAAGAAGUAUGCACAUAUUCGUAAUGAAGAAUGGGAAGAAAAGCAUCUGAUCGACGAACUCAUUGAAUUCCUUAAUGGCAAGAGGUACCUCAUCAUAAUUGAUGACAUAUGGGAUAAAGAAGUGUGGAAAUUAAUCAAGUGUACUGCUUUCUCCAAGAAGAGUCCCGGAAGCCAACUAAUCACGACAACCCGCAUCGUUAGUGUCUCCGAAGCAUGCUGCUCUUCUAUGGAUGACAUUUACAAAAUGAAACCUCUCUCUGACGAUGUAUCAAGAACUCUCUUCUAUAAAAGAGUAUUUUCUGAUGAGAAAGGGUGUUCUCAAGAAUUGGUGCAAGUAUCCAAAGACAUUUUGAAGAAAUGUGGUGGCAUACCAUUGGCUAUUAUUUCUAUAGCAAGUCUUUUAGCUAAUAAUCAUCGGGGGGAAACAAAGGAUCAAUGGUAUGCAUUGCUCAAUUCCAUUGGUCGCGGACUCAUAGAAGAUCAAAGUUUAGAGGAGAUGAAAAAGAUAUUAUUAUUCAGCUAUUAUGAUCUACCUUCAUACCUGAAACCUUGUUUAUUAUAUCUUAGCAUCUUUCCAGAAGAUCACAAGAUUAUGAGAGGCAAGCUAAUAUGGAGAUGGAUAUCAGAAGGUUUUGUUUAUAGUGCAAAACCAGAAACUAGCUUAUAUGAGCUCGGUAAUAGCUACUUCAGUGAGCUAGUAAAUAGAAGUAUGAUCCAGCUAAUAGGCACUAAUGGUGAAGAUGAAGAAAACUUAGAAGCUUGUCGUGUACAUGACAUGGUACUUGAUCUCAUAUGCACAUUGUCAGCUGAAGAAAACUUCAUCACAAUAUUGGAUGACACUGGAAGAAAAAUGCCUAACUUGAAAAGCAAGAUCCGUAGAUUGUCCAUCCACAAUAGCAACAUAGAUGUGGAUACCACUAGGAUGGCACACGUGAGAUCUUUUACCAUUUUUACAAAUAAUGUUGUUGGGAAAGUGUUGGAUAUUUCAAGUUUUCAAGUUCUUCGCGUGUUGGAUUUAGAAGGUUGCGAUGUUUCAGAUGUUGGGUAUGUGGGGAAUCUAUUGCAUUUGAGGUACUUAGGGCUAAAAGAUACUCAUGUUGAGGAACUUCCCAUGGAAAUAGGGAAGCUGCAGUUUUUAUUUACCUUGGACUUAAGAGGUACUAAGAUAAAAGAACUGUCGUCGAGUGUUAUUCUGCUAAGACGUCUGAUGUGCCUAUAUGUUGACUAUACUAUGAAGCUGCCAUCUGGUAUAGGUAACCUGACUUCCUUAGAAAUGCUAGGUCAACUAGGGGUGUCUGGCUUGGACCUUGAUGCUGUGAAAGAAUUGGGCCAUCUAACCAAGCUCAGGGUGCUGCGGGUUUUAUGUAACUGUUUGGAUGAGGCCUCGGAUAAAGCUUUGGAGGAAUCACUCGGUAAUCUGCACAAAUUGGAAAGUUUAGAGAUAGAGAUAUUUACCGAAGAUGAAUUAAUAAAUUUGUUGAGCAAAGAUUGGGUGCCCCCUCUAACACUCCGUAAGUUGGAUUUCCGGUCAGUCUAUAGUCGGUUCCGUACUCUGCCAUCAUGGAUCAAUCCUUUAUCGCUUCCUCUCCUCACCCAUCUUCGUAUCAAAUUGGAUGAAGUGCGGUGGGAAGUCAUCCAGCUUCUUGGAGCGAUGCCUGCUCUUUGUGUUCUCGAGAUAUGGGAUUAUUCUAAGGUCUGUGGGUGUGAAGAGUAUACGGUGGAAAUGCCUGCACUUUCCUCUAGUGCAUUAUUCCCAUGUGUGACAGUGUGCCGCUUCAUUGGUAUUGGUGCCGUGCCCUCUAUGUUUCCACGAGGAUCUGCGCCGAGGCUGAAACAUCUUUUGUUCGCCUUCUCAGCUGAGUGGAUCUCCCGCGAAAACUUCGAUUUGGGCAUGCGGCACCUCCCUUCCCUCCAACGAGUCGAGGUUAACAUUAUCGAUGCAGAUGCGAGUGAAGCGGAGGCUGCGCUGAGGGCCGUGGUGGAGGACCACCCCAACCAUCCAAUCCUUGCCUUUGACAUAUACUAG